AUGUCAAAUCUCGUGGUUCAAUUCCUGUCUAGCAUUCGGGGGUUUGUCCGGGAGCUCAAUGGUGAUGAGCUCCGCAAUUGGCUGCUAGUCGAAAACGAGGUUGCCAGUAUUUACUUUGAGAUGAGCAGCCAGCUCAAGGCGGGCUUUCCCGAGAACUCACCGGUUCUCGAGCAUCUAAUCGACACAUGUCUCCCCGAAGAGGACAAUGUGCCCGAGGGAAAGGGUUCUCCAUGGCCGGGCUUCAACUCGUUCAUCAAAGAGUACCUGGAGUACUGGCGCGAUGUCGAUUUUGAGGAUGUCGUGAGACUGCAUUCCCGGCUCAGCAAUCUUGUCAUCUCUUGUGCAAAUGCGCUGACCAACCCAACAUAUGGCACCGUGCUGCUGCAGACCAGCAUGUCGCUCUCUGAAUCGCUGUCCAAAUUGGUUAUGGGCCUUACUCGACAGCCCCAUUUGCUGGCGCAAAUCCAGGGCGAUACGACGGAGGAGGACGCCGGCGAGAAAAGGACUAUCGUGGAGCUGGCCGCCGACAUCAUCCAGAAAAUCUUCACUUCCUGCUUGACCGAUCGGUCCAGCACGCGAUGGUCGCAGCCCAAGGGGAAGAAGGUGGCUGUUUAUCUAUUUGCCAACCUGACGUUGAAGUUACUCUUUGCUUGCGACAAGUCACGGCUCGCCGUGCAGAUGUUCACCAAUCUCUCGACAAGCGGACCGGCUCUCUCCCUGUACCCGGCAUCGCAGCGAGUCACCUUCCUCUACUACCUAGGCCGGUUCAACUUCGACCAAGGCCAUUACCUGCGAGCGCACAUGUGCCUUGAAGAGGCCUAUCGCCAAUGCCUCCCUCGAUUUCAGAAACACCGCCGGCAGAUCCUCACCCAUUGGAUCCCGGCGAACCUGCUACUAGGCCGCUUCCCCUCCCUUGCCCUGCUCCAACGCCCCGAAGCCGCAGGAUUCGCCGACAUCUUCCUGCCCAUCUGCACAGCAAUCCGCACGGGCAACUUUGUCGCAUUCCACCAUGCCCUCGCCCUCAACCGCGACUGGCUCUGGGAAAAGGGCUUCUACCUCACCUUCCUCUACCGCCUGAAGCCCCUAGUCUGGCGCUCCUUCACCCGCAAGACGUUCCUCCUCACCUGGCAGGGGUCCGGGGGAGACCCCUCGAGCAAUCGAGCCCCUCAGUUAUCUUUUGAAGACCUGGUCACGACGGCAGGGUACACGCAGAAACUGUUGGAGGGUUACGUGCCCGCGAAACCGCCGGCGCCGCGAUCCCGGCCAGCCAACAACAAGAACAAAAUCAACUCGGUUUUCCUCAAAGCCGUCACCAACAGCGCCACCGCGGGGGGCGAGUCGUCGGACGCGGCCUCGUCGUUGCUCGUCUCGCCGCCGAGCGGACCCCGCCGGCUGAUGCCGUCCGAGGGUCUGAUUUUUGGCAACAAGAAACCGGACGUCGAAAACGUCGAGUCGGUGGUCGCCGGGCUCGUGUACUCGGGCCUGCUCAACGGCUUCAUCGCUCGUCAGCAGAAGCGAUUUGCCGUCGAAGGGGCCAAGAAGAAGGGUGGCAAUGCCGUGGCGGCCGGCUGGCCGAAUCCGUAUGAGAGCAUUCUGGAGCGGUUUAGGGAGGCGCAUCAGGAGGCGCUGGAUGCGUGCGACAGCGGCGAGAGCGUGGAGCCGCCGGGGGAGAUGGACGACGUCCCCGGUUGGGUGCGGAAUCCGCCAUGA